GGGAAUUUUUCUAAUGCGGCCAGGACACAGGCUGGGCGUCUGACGGGCCAGUGGUGAGACAAUUGGUUACAGAGCUGGAGAGCUGAGUUUUUCCGACCUGAUUUGGUUCCUUUGCACCCACGAUUCGAGUGAGGAAAUGGCAAGAGCGACUGCUGUGCUGCGCGCAGCUGUCAUAGCAAUUGAGGACUCCUGUUUACUGAAAGCUUUGCAAUCAGAAAUCAACCAUGAGCUCUCUACCCCAAGAUCUUUUCAGAAUGAGGAACAUGGUGCCUUGGGAGAUUUUGCAAUUGAAUGGGAUUCGCGAGACACCCAAGAUGUUCUUCUGCGGAGGAGAUUUGAAUCUGGUGAGGAAGUAUCUGUUUCAGCUAUCCUAGGUGCUGAAACCCCUCGUGUAGAGUAUGAAGAUGUUAUGUUUCCCAGAGAGACCUUGCUUAAAGUUUGCAUGAAAAAGCCGGGGUUGAGUUCCAUUCUGCAGUUUGAUUGUAGAGCAUUCAGUGACAAUGGGGAAUCAAACUUUCAAAUUGAUAAUGCUCAUUACCUCAAAGCAGCAGCAUCCCUGGAUAGUUCUGCUUAUAGAGGCCCUUCUUUCAGUUCUUUGGACCCUCGACUGCAAAGCGAGUUCCUCCAGUACCUGCAAGCUAAGGGAAUUGAUGAAAAUCUGUUGAGCUUUCUCGUACUCCACCUCCACAAGAAGGAACAAGGUCAGUAUGUCAACUGGUUGCACAGGUUACAAGCUAUGGCGGGACACAACAAAAUCAAUGAAACUGACUGAGUGUGAGGCAUCUUGAGCCUUUAUUUUGUUGUGCCUUUUUUUGCAAAAAAAAUUAUGUACAUUCUGCUCAAAGGCCUAACUUGUGCCGUUUGAUGAUGAAUUUCUGGAGAGUUGUAAAGGGAGAGGAAUCAAUCACGUUUUGGUUGAAUUGGAUAGGUUAAGUAAAUGAGAGGAAAUAUAACAACUAAAUAUUAUCAUUUCCUCCGUUUCCCUAUUUGACUUUUUGUGGUUCAAGAUUUGUUACUUUGAUAAGUUAUAAACUUAUAAUACCCCUUCAUCCCAUAAAGAUAGACUAUCUUUACUUAUUGGCCGUUUUAUAAAUUAGUCUAGUUUCUAAAUUGAACAAGUUUGUAUGUUCCUAAGUAAUGUGUCAUAAACUGAGUAUAUAUGUGUGUGAUAGAUGCAUAUUUUAUUGAUAUUCACUAUAUAACCAAUCUUUUUUAUACUUAUGUAAUAAAACAAGUUCUC